CAUGUGUUUGGGUGUUAAUUAAAAUUCUGUCACCCUCCAAUAGCAAGUUUUGAUUAAAUACAACAACAAUUCUGGGACUACACAGCACUUUUUUUUCCCUCCAAGGUUUGGAUCUCAUCUCGGAAUAAACUCUUCAAAUAUGCUCGGCACUCACCACAGCAGCAGAUAAAAAUCCAAGCUUUACAUCACAGCUCACCGUCACAGAGACACGCACAGCUGAGCAUUGGAUGAGAAUCUGCACCUGAAUGAACAGAUGGAUGAAGCUCAGUCUCUUGGUGACAGGAGGAGGGAGAACAGUCUCCUCAACACGUUGACUCAAACUAUUCGGGGGCUUGAAGCUGUCAGACGUCGCAGAGAUCAUCGCAUUGGAGCGUUGGUGGGAGGCGGGAGAUGCACAGGAGAAGAACCAGGAAGAGGCGGAGGAGAGGAAAUGCAGAGAGGGAGUGAAGAAGGGAUGCUCAGUCCAGCAGAAGGUCAAAGAGAGGAUGAAGAGAGUAGUAGAAAUGUUGAUGGAGAGCGAGAGGUGGAGGAGGAGGAGUGCAAGAAGAAAGUUCUGGGAGUGCUGAGGGAGCUGAGUGUUUUUCAUUCAGACAGAGUGACAGCGUGGAGAGAAGUUCUCAGAGAAUGUGCCCACAUGUUCCCCGAGUCUCCAGCAGGGGGCAGUGAUCAGCAACAUCCAUCUACAACAGGUGUUUAUAGCGAAUGUAAAGUCACACCUUGUUCAGACUCCUUCAGUGAUACCUGUCUGAGUGUUGGGGAGGACAUAAAGAACAUUAUAGACAAACUGAACACAAUCAGAACUAAGCUGGAUGAAGAAAUACUCAAAUCAUGUGCGGAGGAGGCCUCACCUGUGGGUGCAGCCCUUCAGGAGACCGGAGAUACAAAAACAUCAGAGCAACGUGAAGAUGACAACAACCCCUUGAACUCCCAUAAUUUCCUUGAAUUUGACUCUAGAUGUAAAAAGGACAUUGAAGAUGGAGAUGAUCAAAGUCAUACGAUGUCAUUACCUGAUACUGAACAAACAUUGGACUCCAGAUUCAGCAGUUCUGACUGCAACAAUGUGGAAGAGACAGGGAAAGAAUUAGUGGUCAAAAGUCAAGGGAUUGAUAAUGAGGACUGUGUUUCUCCAGAUAGACAGACAGAUUUCUGUGAGGAGACAGAAAAGGACACGAAUAGGGUAAAUGACAAGGGCAAAGAGGAGAUGAAUAAUGAAUGGAUCACAGUAGGGCUCACAGGUCAACAGGAGGACAGCCGUUCAGAUGUACCAGACGCAUGCUUUAUCAGAGCACCUAUGGGUGUGGCUGAAGUCCUGAGAUGCGAGGUGGCCGACACCCUGAGCUGCCUGAUGGUGGCCGAUUCAGAGGAACUGGUUAGCAGAGUGAUCAGGGUCCAAGCUCAGGACGGAGCUAACCUCCACUUCCCUGUGACUGUGGUUGUGCCCUUCUGUGCACGUUACCGUGGCAACUAUAGGGAUGUCGCUGUGAAGAUAGUUGAUGGGGAGAGGAGGACAAGUUACAUCACUCCUGUAACAACAGAGGGCCCGUAUGGAGGGCAGAGGGGCUCAUUUGCAGAGGUGAGGGUGUACACCUUGGGCCUGUUUGCAGUGGUUUCCUGUCUGAAAAGAGAAAAUUACACAGUUCCUACAAAGGGUUUGUCCCUCAAGCUCCCCAUGGACCCCCGAAUCUGUCUUAACUACCUCCCAGGAUCCUUCACUGCCCCAGUAAUGGCACAAACCAUGAUCCAGACGGUUGAUGCCGUCCUUCUGGGUGCCAUCAAGUCCAGAAGUGACGCCUACCAGUCGGUGGUGUCUACAAGUCCACUACUCUACCUCACCCAUCCAUGCUCUCAGCCCCUGAGAAGACCCCUCACUCUCACCCUUCCCUGUCCCCCGAACCCUGAAAAGAAGAGGCACGCAAGAGGACAAGGGGAGGGGUAUGACAAUCAGUCUCGGCCUGUUGGUGCUUUUUCACCGUGGGAUCAACCAGCUUCCCACAGAAGGAGGAUCCUGGGUGCCUCUCUGAAGUCUAAGGAAAUGUCCAAUGAGCUGCUGAUUGCUCUGGGUUCAAGGGACAAACAGUGGACCGUCCUGGACAAAGUCACAGUCAGGAACCAGCAAAACGGACUGGUGUCCUUAGAGUUGAUCGAGCACUUUGACAGACUGCUGGUGGUUCGUCUUCUCUCUCCGUUGCAGCCGUGCCACCUUACCUCCCUGGCAGAGGAGCUGGAGGAGUCGGUCUGCUGCCACGCGGUCACCGUCGUGCUCCAGCGUAGACCAGAUGAGCCUCACACCGUCCUGGUGGUGGCUCUGCCCAGCAGAGACCUCAGCUGGGAGCUGUCAAAACUGCAAGCCCAGGGCUACGGGGGCCUCGCGGAGACCUCGUCUGAGAUCUCCAUGUGUGAAGGAGACCAGCUUCUCCUGCGAUUCAGUGGCAACAUCACCUCCACAGGAACUCAGAACGGCCGACGUGAUCUCCCACGCGAGCGAAUCACCUUCCACAGUCAGCAGAAGAAUCACCUCUCGGUGCGUCUAACAGAAGUGGACCCGUUUGGGAACUACAGCUCCCCACACUAUAAGGGCACGGCCAUGUUUUAUAAGGUCACCAGAGGUCAGAUGGAGUGGCGAGGUGACAGACCAGUCCCCACGGACACAAAAUUCUUGGGAGAUCCCGUUUGUAAGCUGUCUCUGACUUUACCCAAGAAGGUGAGAACCAUCAAUCGGCCCAUCAUAGCCAGGGUGAAGUUAUGCGAGGAGACGGAUUCCCUGUCAGACUCUCUCCUUCUCUGGCUGUCUGGGGAGCUAUCAGAGGAGGAGGUAGCCCUUCUGGUGCUGUCCCUGCGUCUCCGCCGUAGCGCUGCUCAGCUGGUGAAGCUCCGGGCUGGGGACAGCCUGUCCACCCAGGCCUUCCAUGUCCUGGCCAUGUGGAGGAGAGGCCUGCCCACUGCCGCACACCAACCCAAAGCCUCUCAGCUGGCUCACUGCUUGGCCAAGAGCGGCAGGCCAGACCUGGCCAGAGAGCUGUUGCUGCGACAGGCUGCAGCCACCAGGCCGGGCUCACUGAUAACAGGAAGCUUAAAAAGUAAAAAUCACACAGCUUUUUAAUCGCUGCUUUUAGUCAGAGCAUGGGUGCCUUCCAAAUUAGUUAGUGGUAGUGUUUUCUGGGAUCCACAAGGGGUCAGCAUUGGACUGUGAGACUCAGACUUGAGUUGAUUAUGUCUAUGAGUCAUGACUAUGUGAAACAAGUAACUCUUAGAGGCCUGAAGACUUUAUUUUACCCAGUAAAAAAGAAAAAAAUCUCAAAAAGAUCUCAUUGCGUAUAAUAAUAUUAGUUUUUUUCUUUUCUUCCAUUUUUUUCUCUGCUUUUCUGUCCUUUUCAUUGUCUCAUGACCCCUUAUUUAUGUCUUGUGACCCCUUGGGGGCUCCCAAGCCCCAGGCUGGGAACCAGUGCUGUUGGCAAUAUUUCUUCGUGUCAUAUUUGAUGCAAAAAAUAGCUGCAGAUCACCACAUAAGACACGGUCAAAUGUCUCAAGGUCAAAUAUUAGAAAGUACAUUCAGUAAUCGACACCUUACCUCAUAUUAUGUGUUAUAAUGCCAAAAACCUCAACAAUAUGACUCGAGAUACAAGCAGAAAGAAUGAUCUGCAACUAAGGCUUGAUUCAUAAUUAAAUAAUAAAAACAAAGUUUGUUAUAUA